CACUCACACUGGUGUUGUUGUGACUUUCGACUUGUAGUUUCACAAAAAAAAAAAAAAUCGCAUUAAUUUUUUUAUGUAUAAAAAAAUAGAGUUAUUUUUCCUGUGCCAAACUCUUUCUCCUUUGCAAGUAAAAUGAAGAGUUGCUCCCAAAUGCCUUGCGGGCUGGGCUGUGAUGCGCAGGUGCAGCCCCCCCCCGAGCGCCGCGCACGUCAGGUGACGUCGACAUCCGUUUUGACGUGUUUCGCUUUCAGCCUCAGCGUACGCGAGCACGCAUACAUGCUCGAGCACGCCCCCACCUAACAGUCUGGUCCUGACGAUGCUGCGAGUCUCCUUCAGCCUCCACCGCCGCCAGUUCACCAUGAAUCCUCCCGGUGGACGUCCAGUUCAGGCCGGCCCGGAGAGGAAGAAAAGCUCGCUCUGGUACAGACGCUCACUCAAGGGGAACAACGACCACCCGAGACAGCGACACAGCACCGACUCUCUGCCCAGAGCACCAAAGCCCAAACAAUUCCUAAUUGACUACUCUGAUCCGCAGCGAAUCACAAUUGUCCUGGAAAAAGAAGACAAUGAAACAUUUGGGUUUGAAGUUCAGCCCCACACUCUGCAGCUUCGCAGCAGCUCUGCAGUGGAGGUGUGCACAUUUGUGAGCAGCGUGGAGGACAACAGUGCUGCAGAGAUUGCCGGCCUGACCACAGGAGAUGUCAUCAUCACCAUCAAUGGUGACAGCAUUGAAGGAUUCUCUCAUCAGCACAUCCUCGAUUUGAUAAGCGGAUCAGGCAACAACUUAAAGUUGGAGACUGUAUGCGGUAGUGUGGUGAAAUGGAUCGAGCUGGAGAAGAGGGUGACCCAGCUUAAGCAAUCGUUGAGUGAGAAACUGGCGGAGCUGCAAGCGCUCACGUUACGGGAAGAACGUCUAAUUCGAGGCACUUUGAAAGAAAGCAACCUCUCCACAGAUUCCUCGGAGGUUCAGAACUCCCCGAUGGGCCACCGCAGCCUCCGCUUUUCCAGCGACAGCAGUUACAGGGGCUUGAUGAUGGAUGACAGCGAUCAGGGCAGCGUGUUCGGGGACCUGAGCUCACCAAGCCCUUGCGGCGUCAUCCAAGACGAUAACUUCUUCUGCCGCAGGUAUUCGUCCAGCUCCAGUCAUCUCCAUCACACCAUCGGCCGCUCCAGCAGCUCCAGUUUAGCCAGUAGCAGCGGGAGCAGCGUCGGCUCGCAGUCUCCCACCUGGGAUCGAGCGAGGGUCUCUUCUUUGUUUGGCACUCUGCCCAGAAAAGGCAAACGGACCAAUGUUCGGAAAAACAUCCUCAAGUUAAUUCCCGGACUGCAUCAGAGAUCGGUUGAAGAAGAGGAGACCUAAGGGAGCUUCUCGUGAAGUAAUUGUCAUCAUUUAUAGCACGUGACAGUUUGCAACUUCAAACACAAUUCAAGAUUAGGCAGUUCACCUUAAGUGAUGAAAAAUGAUGACGUGCAGAUUCAUCUUAAAGAGUGGUGCGAAUAACAACUUGCCACACCGUAAAACAGUUUGUUUGAACGUGAAAUACCCCACAAAAAACAAGGAAGAAUUGUCACGUGUGCUCCUCCUGCUCCUAAUGUAUGUGGUGUACUCAAGAUGAUCAACACUGCACACCACGCACAACUCAGAUUUCAACCAACAGUAGCGCUUGUCUCAGGAGAGUGCGGUGAAAGAUCACUCACACCCCACCUACGCAGCAAAAUAAUUGCUCAGGAUAAUCUUUUACAUACAUCUGAUUAUUGGGCUGACCAACACAGUCUCUUCAGACAAACCAAAAAUGGAAUCCCUAAAUUGAUCUCUGAGAGACUGAUUUCCAAGCAGAUUGAGGAUUCAAACUUCUGUACACCCCUGCCCCACACCAAAUAAUCGUACUCCUCUUACAGUGUGGUGUGUUUCAAAUGAUCCACAUAGCACACCAAACACAAUAAUAUCUCCAUUGGCAAUCAUGAGAACUCCUCCCGAGAAGAUCAGUCAAAGUUACUUUUCACAAAACCCAAACUCCUGGAUAAUCAGCAGGGAUAAUAUUUUCAGGACAUCCCAUGAUCGGGCUGACCAAUAGCGCACCACACACAUACAAUAUCUCUGUCCUCCUACUUCUACCUGACAAUGAGACUUCUGAGCCAAUGACAAUUACGAGUCUCCUUCCCCAAAACAUGUCUGUCGUACCAAGACCGACAUGUAAGAAUGACUUUGUAAGGGGGAGGGGGGGGAAAAAAAAAAAAAGCUCAGCUUGGUCCCGAGUAUCAAUAUGUUUGUUUGUACCCAGACUUCCAGUGUUUUGAGUGUCACAACCAAAAUGGCAACAGGGCAAUGAUAACAAUUCCAGUGUUCCUGUUUCUACAUAAUGGUUAUGUUAUUAUACACUUUAAUCAUCUGUGUUGGCUGUCUAAACUGGAGCGUUGGUGUUUUUCCGCACUUAGCACUCACCAUGUCUGUGGAUCUGGGGUGGGUGGCACAAAAGCAUUAUGAAAACUUCUGAGUGUGCAUCGAAUUUAUCUUCACAAGCGUUCUCACGUUAUAUUCUACAGCAUCCUACUAACGUGAAUAAAACGAGUAAAUGUGUUUCCUGCUUUGGUGGGAACGUGGUCACCGUACCGUAUGCGUGUCUGCGCCACAAAGGUUGUGUUCACGUAGCAAUGUGAAACGAGAGAAAACCAAAUCAGGCUCCUGCACGCUAUACGUACCCGCUUAGCUCAAAACAGGAUGUGGGUUACUGCUUCUGCUUUCUAUUCCAAAAUGUAUUUUCAUACAAUGUGAGCUUUUAUUUAUACAUUUAACUUUCACAGACAAACAUUUUUUUGGACAAGUGUUAUUUUACUUUGCAAAAACUGUUGGAAGUAUAGUGCGACCUGAAAUCUAUGUAAGAU